CACAGUCACACGACAACUCCAAAUGCCGGAAGAGAGCGCCCCACGUUGCGGAAACUGGCGCCGCGUUCACUUGGGCUGGCUGGGGCUGCUGGGGCUGCUCGUGGUGGUCAAGGCGUCUCUGGACUCGUCCAUGUUGCAGAGAAUACGACGAGCAAUACAUCAACCUCGGACUCACACGGGGUACAACCUGUCCACCAACGCCAACGUGACGUCGUUGUCAGGCACUGCGUCUGACCCACGACGACUUGCAUACAUGCUGUACGCCACCGACGCCCGCACAGUGUGCAAUGCGCUCUUGAUGGCUCGCAACAUCCGAGAGACAGGCACCCCCGUGUCGAUCCCGAUCGUGACGUUGGUGGCCAGUGAUGUGGCGCCAGACGUUGCCAACCACCUCGUGGACACCGCCAACAACUUUGUCGUCGAGCGAGUGGCGCCGUGGAAGCAGUCGGGCGUGGAGUGGAGCCACGAGUAUGCGAUGUCACUGACAAAGCUGCGCAUUUUUGAAGAGCGCGGUUCGUUCCUUCCCCGCUUCCUCCAGCGCCGAGCAGUGUUACAUUUGGUAGCACUUCUUGGCUAUUGA